AGUUUCGUUAUAGUAGAGCAUGGCGACCUCACGUUUAAAACAACUAUCUUCGCUCAGGCGGUUUAUCAACAAUUCAGCAAACAUCAAAUCUGAUAAAAAGGGGAAAAGGAUUGAAAAAAUUAAAAAUUACUUUAUGACAAUAAUGGAUGAUUACCGAACGGCUGUUGUCGAAACUGGUCAAGAUAUGAAAAAAAAACCCCUAAAGUCUGGAAUUUAUUUAACAAUUCUAGGAAGUUUGCUCUACAUGGGUAAAAAUAAUCCAUCUAUGACGGAUUUUGAAGAAAAUUUGAUUAUUAAUACAAACGAGCUUCUACAAGUUGGAGACCCGAUUAGAAAUCCCACCUCUAAUAAUCAUAUGCAAAGAAUAUCUGGUUUACGGAAUGAAGGAGUUUUAAAGCGGACAUCUUUUGGUAUUUUUUCAAUAGUUUGGUAUGAUAAUUAUGAUCCUAUUGUAGAUGUUUAUGAAGCAAGAUGUAAACAUUUAAAAGUUGGUUGGGUUGAAUUGUUUAGGGAAAGAGUAAUUGAUAUCGGAUUCUUAAAUAAAUGGUGGUGGAUUCAAAAAGCAAUGGAAGAUUACGAUAUAAAUCCUGAAGAAUGGGGAGAGAAUGCUUCUUAGACAUACAAUUUUUUUAAAAACUAAAAUAUCGAAUGUAAAUACAAACCAUUGAAAAGUCUUGUAAUAAAUUAAUUAAUGCGUCAAGACACUUAAGAAGAUUAUUUGAAUAAAAGUCUGUAAUUAAGCUUUUCACCUAUCUUACUUUCCUAGGAACAAUUGAGCUCAUUAAUAACAGAAUAUCUAUUCUCC